AUGAGUACAUGUAAAACGAUACAUAAGCUGAAAUAUAAAGUGGGGAGGUCACGCCUUGACUGCUCCAGUAAUCUAAAGGAGACAAAGCCUAGCAGGAGAGGGGCGUCCGCACCUUUUCUUGUGGGGAGGUGGAGGCGUGGAAGGGGAUGCGUAGUUCAAGGGAGACUCCCCACUGGACGUCGGACGGCCGUCCCUACUUCAACAUCCCCGGUCCACCCUCCGCUCUGCGUGCCCUGUAACCAGGGCGCAGGGAGGAUACUGCGGGUGGGCGCUGCGGACGUCUCUGCGUCAAGCUCGGCGGUCGGCGGACGGAGGUGCGGCUCCCUGGCUGAGCCUCGCCUCGCCUCGCCUCGCCCGCCAGCUCGGCCGCCCCCCCCACCUUCCUCCUCCCCUCCUCCCCCCCCCCCCCCCAGCUCCCCCUCCUUCUCUCUCUCGCUGCCUUUAAACAGCCGCUUCAUGGGAGGGCCGGGCCCAUGUGCGCCUCCGUCACACACAUACACACACACUCACACAUACACACACUCGCUCAUCCUGCGCUCCCUCGCCUUCACUGACACACACGCGUACGCCUACACCCACACCCACACCUACACCUGCACCUACACCCACACCCCGACCCACACGCACAUCAGUCUCUACACCUCUACACAUUCUCUACAGACCACGCACCAGGCGUCCGCCUGCCCGCAGCAGCCAGCACCGCCGCCUCCGACACCGCCGCCGGCCCUCCGACAGCCGCAGCUGCCGCCGCAGCCCCCGCCACCGGCACCCCCGCCACCGCCGCCUCUGCCGCCUCCGCAGCUGCCAGCCUACGGGACCCUCCUGCUGCUGCCCCCGCCGCUGCCGCUGCCCCCGCCGCUGCCGCUAGCCCCGCCACUGCCGUUGCCCCCGCCGCCCCCGCCUCUGCCAUUUCUGGGAUUCUGCCCCGGACCCAGCUGCGUGGUAUACAUGGGACCUUGAACAUAGAAAUCCAAGAAAGCUCCAGACAGUCAUCGUGAAUUGUUUUGAAAGUUCCUCCAGCCUUUUUCUUCAUAUUAAGUUGUAAAAUAUACAUAUAUUAUAAAAUUUGA